GAAAGAGAAGGUAUCAUGAUUACUCCAUUGCAAGUACUGUGAACUGCUGUGUUGAGUAUUUGAUGUUGCAGAUUUUAUCUUGUCAAACGAGGAAGCAAGUAAUAAGCGUAAGUUAAAGACGAUCAAAACAAAGAUGAUCAAAAAUGAAAAUGCUUUACUAACAACGCCGCAAAACAAGCAUACGAAGAAACCGCAAACAGAGCCUAUUUUCUGGAGUCGAUUAAGACGUUGAGAAAAGUUGUUAGAAAAGCUGAAUCAUUAUCUUAUCAGGUAAACAAUUCCUUCGCAUAUAAAUCAAGGUUAGGACGAGUUUCACCGUAGAGCACACUGAUAGUUUUGUGUGCUGGCCGGGGUGAGGAAAUGAGUCAUGGAGGGUAAUUCGCCGGGUAUACGUUGGUUAGAAGGAAAGAAUGGGUCGUCACCGACUUCUCCGUCAUCUUCGACGCGGCGCACGUCAACAUGCGAAAACUCGCAUAGAAGCGUGACAUCCUCAACAAAUUCACAGCGGCGGCAGCCACGAGAGCGAAGGAGGAAGGGCGUCCCACAUGAUCACAGCUGUAGUAGUCCAGUAUCUACUUCUGUAGCUGCAGCUGCUGGCCUCGUUGGGGAUGAAGACGGAGUAGAGGUAAUUGGUGGGCAGGCAAAGAGGACGAGAAGUAGUGAGGAUUCGAGUGGAGUAUUGCCUAGUAGUCGAGAUCCCAAAUACGGUUUAUCUGAAGUUGACCAUCGCUCACGUCCAAGGAGGAGACGAAAAGGAAAAGAACCGAACUCAAAGGAUUUUCAAGAUGGAAGUAGUUCCAAAAGAAAUAGUAUUCAGGAGUACAACUACAAUACCAUGACAACAUCAGAGGGAAAUGAUAGCAGGUCUUCAAGAGGGGGUGCAGUGAGAAGCAACAGGCCGAGCCGUGAUGGUUCUGCCCGAGAGCCGACAGAAGGAAUGAAUGGGCGGCAAAAGGAUUUUCAAGAUAGAAGUAGUUCCAAAAGAAAUAGUAUUCAGGAGUACAACUACAAUACCAUGACAACAUCAGAGGGAAAUGAUAGCAGGUCUGCAAGAGGGGGUGCAGCGAGAAGCAACAGGCCGAGCCGUGAUGGUUCCGCCCGAGAGCCGACAGAAGGAAUGAAUGGGCGGCAUCAAAGUUGGCGGGAUCCAGAGCGGACCUACUCAACUCUGGAAAUCGUAACUUCCUCGUCACGUCGCAGCGGUAGACGAUCCAGAAAAGCAGAAAAAUGUACCGGGGAGGUCGACGAGAGAAGUGACGCUACGGCUACCACAUCCUCGUCUACACUUAGAAGUGACGGCGACCGCUCAGGGAAAACGGUCGAGUCAGCAAAACCAUUUGAAUUUUUACAGAGAUUUCGUUCGUCAUCUGCCAAGGGCAUAGGAUCGACAACGUUGCCUAGUACAGCUAGAGUGCUUCGUCCUGGUACUCGGCGACUAGCUCAGUUACAACUUAUCGCGACCUUAGUGAUGUCGCAUUUAGUAGGCUUUUUGCUGCUGUUUUCAGCAGUGCCACAGCACAUAGCGCUCGUUGCGGCCGAGAUUGGGCCUUCGAAACCUCCGAUUCUAGUUUCAUCAGAUAUCGGUCGCAUUGUGCUGCGCAUGGAUCCGCCAGAGCGGGCAACGGGCGGCUGCGAGGUCACCAUGGAUAAUGGGAACGGCGGACCCGUGUCGAAUUUGGAGUACAGCGGUCCGUGUGUUGAUCAGGUGAUCGUCGACGGACUAGAUGUAGAUAAGAACUACCGUUUCCAGAUGCGCGGCGUGGAUUCAGUGGGAAACCAGGGCCCCCUCUCGAACAUGGUGUCCUACGUGUCCGCCGGUGUACCGGUGUACACUCCGACGCAAAAACCAACCUUGACGAAAAUCGGGGCCGUCGACGUCCGCGUCAGCUGGGUAAUGCCAGAUGAGCGGGGAUCGCCGGUCUUGGGUUUCGUUGUGAUGGAGGACGUCAACAACCAGAACAACUGGAAAGUGCUUUACAACGGUACGACGGAACCCAACGUCUUCCAGACCGAUGUGCGCGGCCUAAUUCCAGCCAACAUCUAUCGUUACCGCGUAUACGCAUUGAACCGAGUCGGGACCAGCGGCAACGCGGAAAAUACUAUCCAAUUGGCGCGGAUGAUGGCUGCGCCCGAUUCCAUUGCUGAAUCCGUACCUAGCACAGCUCAAUCGAACGCGGAGACGCUGGUGCGCGUCCGAGGCGUGGAUCCUUUGACCAACAAAGUGGAGACACAAGGAGAUCGGUUCUUCAUUUUGAGUGUGCAGAAUCCAUGCGAAUUAGACGUAACGGGUCAGAUAUGCGUUCCUGUGACGAGCGAUCACCCGAAGUAUCGAACGGAAGACCUGCUGGACACGCCAGUCUGCUGUAUGCCAAGUAUCGAUAGGACGGACGGAUCGUAACCAAAUUUUUACACUUCUAUCUGCUCCAAUUUCUUCCCAAGAAUUCGUUCUUCAUAUCAGCCAUCUUCGUUCAACAUGUUCUCGCGUCUCGCAUUUUCUUUGCUUGAGGGCUUUGCUUGUUUUUUCGCAGUUCAAUCAUUUACUCCUGAACAAAUAUACUCUCCAGCUACGACAUCACCGUGACGCUGCAACAAAAGGGUUUGUUCUCCCUUACAGUUCAGUCGCUAGAGCUUGGCGGUCUUCUAGGUCAGUACUGGGACAAUCAGUGGUACUACGGUUUGCCAAUCGAGACACGGCAGGACGGAAAAGUUGACUUCGAGUGGGGUUCCAAUGCUCUUGCAGGAUAUGCGAGUGACUUUGUGAGCGUUCGAUGGACAGGUUUUCUGGUACCGGAAUUCACGGAAACGUAUACAUUCUACGUAGAGGCUGACGAUAGCGCAAGGUUGUGGGUGAACAACGUACAACUUUUUGACAAGUGGUCAGAGUCAUCGGCUGAAUUCUCAGGCAGCAUUGCGUUGGUGAAGAACCAAUAUGUGCCUAUCCGUCUCGAGUACAAGGAGGUCUCCGGCAACGCAACAGCGAAGUUCAGUUACGCCUCCUUCUCGACGCCGCGACAGGUGAAUUAUAGUUUGUACUAGUUUGUCAUCAUUAAAAAUACUGGCUCUCAGCAUCUUUCAUUGCACCAGAAGUCAGUGAGCUGUGGUUCUUGUGUACUUCCAUCUUUUUUUUCGUCAUAUCCGUAUUUCUUACUUCUGCAAUCUCCCUGCCAUAACAGAUCAUCCCCGAAGACCGUUUGUACAAAGCCUUGUACGUGAACGGCGUGCCCACCGAUAUCGAUGUUUCAGUCGGCAUUGUUGACGCGCGGAGGUCAGAAGCUUACGGCACCUACUUAAGCAGUGUUUCUGCCGGUGUGGAGCGGUUCUUCUACAUCCAGGCGAAGGACACGGCAGGUAACAACAUCAACACGAACACCGACUCAUUUGAAGUGCGUUUUGUUGGACCGAUUGCCAGUGCGAACCUCGUUGUGAACAGUAAGCCGGUCAACAGCGACGCCAAGGACGGUUUGUACAUCGUAUUUUUUUUGCUCCAGGUGCAGGGCCAGUACGAGGUGCGCAUCACUUUGGGCGGAGUUCCGCUGGACGGGUCGCCGUACACGCUGCAAGUUGGAGCUGGAAAGGUGUCCGCGGCUCAGACCUCGGCAGCAGGAUUGGCGACGCAGCAAUUUAUCGCAGGUUCUGAGGCAACGUUUGAUGUUAUCGUGAAGGACGCCAACCAAAACGUCUUGGAUGAUGGCACCCUUGAAGUCACCAGUGCUUUGGAGUGGCUCAGUUAUGUUUCGGGUGCACCAGGCUUGUCGGUGACCGAUGACACGACGUUGUUGAACCAAGAGUUCGGCACGCAGUUUUUCGGUCGCGCGCAGUACCAAGGUGCGGGAACAUACAAAAUGAGCUACAUCGCGCUGCGCGAAGGUAGUUACAAGAUGUACGUCAGGGUCGCGGGUGUGAACAUCAAGGCAUCACCGUUUGAGCUGAGAGGGUACACAGCGGAGUCCUACUCCUUGGCGCGUGGACGCUUUGAGGAGGUUCCAUACGCACCCAAGUGCCGCACAUCCGCGAACUCGCCUCCAGCGAGGCACCAAGCUGGUACUGAUCUCAGCGUGUUGGUGCAGCUUCGUGAUGCGUUUGGAAACGCGCUGACGACCCCGGUGUUCGAACCGCCGAAAGUCACAUUGCAGACGAUUCCCGCAACCACGGAAACCGACGAGGAGGUCUGUUCGAACUACAAAGGCUGCAACGAUGGCACCAACAACGUGUGCAACUCUUUGCGAGGUGUGUACGAAUGUCUCAUCCGACCGACGUUCGCAGGUGCAGACCGAUUUAUCAGUAUCAAGAUCAUGAACGUCGACGUUUCGCGCAACGACAUCGUCGGCAACAAGACUGUAGUCACUCAAGGUCCAUUCCCGAUUUCCAUUUUGCCAGGCACAUUGGACCCAAAGAAGACGACGCUCGUGAGCCUGCCCCAAAGCUAUAUUGCUGGCACGCCGCAAGCCGUAUUGCUGCAGUGGAAAGACACCUACGAGAACAACUUGGUCGAGGCGCCGACUCUGACUACCUUCACAGUGACUAUGGGCGGACAGCCGGUCGAACACGUGAACAACGGAAACGGUACCUACACGUUGAUGGUCGGAAGCAACAUCGCAAAGAACAAUGUCACACUUGAUGUUAUUGCGAACGGACAGCAUAUUUUCGGAUCGCCGGCCAUUGGCCUAGUAGUGAACCCGGGGCCUCCCCAUGCCGAGGGUUCGCAGUGCUAUGUGCCAGCUGCCAUUGAGGCAGGAACUCCCACGAAAUUGCCAUGCGAUAUCAACGAUAGGUUCGGAAACCGUCUUACGGCACCUGGUCUCUUUGUGCUCGGCGAUGCGCGCUUUAUGCAACCCCCGUUCUACGAGUUCGAGAACCAGGCGGCGUUCAACGAAGUGAGCAAACAAUAUGACGUUCUUCUGACGCUCCAGGCACAGGGUGUUUACUCUCUGACUACGCGGCUGCAGGCGCCGGGCGGGCUUCUCGCGUACUACUACCGCGCGCCAGGUUUCGAAUCACUUAUCGCGCAGGCUACCGACACGAACCACAAAGGCGUGCCGGUCACAGAGUACACUCAAGUCGACAAACAGGUUAACUUUGUGUGGCCAGCGGAGCCUGUGGAGAACUCCCCGGAGGACUACUUCUCCGUCAAAUGGACUGGUUUACUUCUGCCCAUCGCAACGGGCACGCACGUGAUCCGAAUCGAGGCUGACUAUGCCUGUGCAGUAAUGAUUGAUGGCCAAAUGGUUAUCAACCGGUGGACCUCGACUGGAGCAGUAAGCGACCGUGCGCAGGUCUUCCUCACACAGAACCGUCCCGUUCCCAUCGAGGUGCAUUACCGACAUCAAGCCGGCACUGCAUACAUUCGCUUAUACUGGUCGAGCACUGGAUUCCAGGACCAGCUGAUCCCGGACUUCAGUUUUUUGUACCCGCUUAAUAUCCUUCCACAAGACACGACUACGCUAUGCAUUCCCGCGGAAGCGAGUUCGAUCUCGCUAGUUUGCGCCCCGAGCGAGGGCCAACCGAGUCUCACUGCGUUCGGAGAGUGCUCAAUCGAUGUCUCGACCGCGCAGGCAGGAACCUCCAACACCUACUUUCUGCACACGAAGGAUGCGUUUGGAAACAUCCGCUCCUCAGCGUCACAGUUACCACUUGCGGGUUACAUCGACACUACGCCACCGACACCGCUGACGUUCUAUCACCAUCCGACAAUCUUCGGUGUGUACGAGAUCGUAUUCAGCCCUCUUCAGAGUGGAAGCGGGAAACGGCUUUACGUGACCAUCAACAACAACAAUCUGCAGCAAGUGACAUACGUGAACAUCCUGCCCGGUGAGCCGAGCCCAACCAAUUCCCUUCUCGAAGGAGCGGGACUGUUUGGUGCCCAGGCAGGGCAGACGGGACGCUUCAACGUGACUUUGCGCGAUACAAACAACAACCCAACACAGAUCUCCGAGGGUCAGGAUGUGGGUACCUCGCGACCAGAGAUUCUCUGUUACGACAUGGGUCUUGGUGUCUUUGAGUGUCGUUACGAGUUCUACAUCGCGCGUCAGUACGAUAUUCAGGUGUACGUGAAUGGAAUGAGUGUGAACCCAGUGCCGCCUGGUAUUUACAGUAUGGUGAUCACGCCGAAGAAUGUCGACCCGGUCUCGCGUCGCGUCUACUCCUUCUCGCACACAACUUUCUUCCCGCGCAUCCAGCGCAACCUCGGUUAUCGAGUCACGUUUGCCGCUAAGGACGAGUUCAACAACAAAGCGAAUCAAGACGACACAAUCCAAAUGGUGUGCGAGGCUGCAGGGCGACGAUCGGUGAACGCUUUGCUGAACAGUGAGAUUAUUCCGUUCGAGGUGAAACAGCUCGAAGGCUGGCCGGGUGAGUUCGAGAUGAACUUCAAGAUCGGUUCCGCACACGUGACCGGUGACUACCAGGCUGAUUGUUUCGUGUUGAAGCAAGGCGGUAUCAACGGUCGCUACUUCAACAAUCUUUGGAUGCAGGGGAAUGCGAGCGCUCUCACGGUCGAUAAUCAGGUGAAUUUUAACUGGGGCACUGGUUUGGUGUCCGGUGAAGCUGCGGAUAUGGUGUCAGCAAACUGGGAUGGUUACAUGUCAGUUCCGAUCGCUGGUUUCUAUACUUUUUAUCUCACCUUCGACAACAGCGCCAAGCUGUGGAUCGACGAAACCAUGCGCGUCAGCUCGGACGACGCUGGUGUCAUCCAAGUGGAGCCGAUCUACAUGACCAAGGAGCGACUCUACCAUGUGCAGGUGAUGUUCCGCGAGGUGACUGGCGACGCUAGCUUGAUCCUGGAAUGGGAAUGCGCGACGUGUGGUAUCGCGCGACAGGCGGUGCCAGGCCAACAGUUCUUUCACUCCAAACUGCGUAUCGGAAACUUUCCCAAGCCCUUCUUAGUGUGGGACAAGCCAGGACCACCAGAGGCGUUUUAUCGUGACAACCCGUUCUGGAACACAGCCGAGCUGCGCUGGAUUCCGCCCCUGGAUUCCGGUGGUGUGAACAUCGUUGGCUACCGCAUUUUCCGAAAUGGCGGUGGCGGCGACGACAACUUCAUGCUCAUGUGGAGUGGCGAUGAUCCAAGCAUCUAUACCUGGACGGAGAGCGGUUUGGAUGCUACGACUCUGUACAAGUACCGCCUCGUGACCAGGAACGAAUUCACGGAGUCUGACCCGUACGAGAUUACGAUUCAACCAUCUAUUUUGCCGACUCGACCGGUUGCGCCACAACUCACUGGCGCGGAAUCGGUCAGCGGCUCGCUUGUGCUGCGGUUGGAUCCGCCGGUCGGUUAUGAGGAGACGGGACGCAGUAACAUUCUGUUCUAUGAGCUGCGAAGAAACGACGGUUUGGGUGGCACUGCGGACAUCAUUAUGCAGGGUAAUGUGGACCACGACCCAACCAAGGAUGCCGGUCUGAACGCGUUGCCGAAAACGGUCACGCUUUACGGUCUCAUCGUCGGCCGCACCUAUAUCUUCCAGGUCAAGUACGCAACUGUGGUUGGUUGGUCGCCAUUUUCGCUGGCGAUGCAAGCGCGCUGCUGCGAGUUCAUUCCGCCGCAAGAAGCGCCCCAGAAUCUCCGUCGACAUCCGACCUUGUGGCAGACGGACAACGACAUCUCGAUCGAGUGGGACCCCGUGACCGACAUCGGUUCGACGAGUCUUACGAGUUACCGUGUGUACCAGGACGAUGGCACCGUGGAGACUGUCUACGACACGCCCAGUGGCGACCAGACGUAUUUGUGGCGUUCAGGUCUGAUCGCCGGCCGCGUCUACCGAUUUGCCGUGGCUGCGGUGAAUGCGGCUGGUGCUGGUCCACGCUCCGAGCGUGUGACACUGGUUGCAUCCGAUCGACCAGGUCCGCCAGUUUUCUUUCCGGGCACGGAAUCCAUCGUUUCGCAGUCGCCAACGACCAUUCACAUUAAGUGGAAGGCCCCGACGUACACCGGGAUUGCGGGUAUCUCCGGUUACAAGGUGCUUGUGGACGACGGCGACGGCGGGCCCUUAACGAAUCUGGUGUACGACGGCAGCAAGCAAUCCUCGGUUUUGGAAUACGCGCACUCGCCGAAAAAUGCCGAUGGCAGUCCGGCUUUGAUCCGCGGCGCCACGUACCGAUUCCGCGUGGUAGCAGUGAACCCAACCGGCGAUGGCGGUACCACUGUGACGUCUUUGGACGUGCUGGCCGCGAGCAAGCCGGGACGUCCAGGACGACCCCUAGCGGAUCCGUACCAGACGAGCAUCAAACAGGUGUACCUGAUGUGGACGGCGCCUGACGACAACGGAGCACCGAUCACGGACUAUGUGAUUGAGCGUAGUGCGAAUCAGGGUCAGACCUGGACUGAUCUCACUGCUUCGGUAUCCGGCUACACCAACACGUUCUGGCUUGACGACGCUGCCAUCACUGCCCAGAAGAGCUAUCAGUACCGAAUCUAUGCAAUCAAUGCUGUGCAAACUCCGCCGGGUGUGAUCUUUUACUCUUCCGAAGCGACUCUCGUUGCUGCCGCCGUGCCAAACACCCCCCGUGUGUGUACUUCGAGUGCAAUCUUGCCAGAAGGCUGCGCCUCUGGAGGCUGCAGUUGCGAGAUCGCGGCGGUCGCGAGUACCGAGACAACGAUCACAGUCGCAUGGGCGGCGCCACCCAGUACGAUUCCGGUCACCGGCUUUUUGCUCUAUGCCAACGGCGCUUUGCUCUACGACGGUACCGGUAACAUAGGUACUUUAUCCUACACCCUAACAGGUGGGCAGACGGGAAUGAUCUACGAUUUCCAGCUGGAAGCGAUCUCUGCAGCUGGUGUCAGUUUACGUAGUUCGCAGCUAUCUCGAGCGUGCGCUAGGCGUCCCUAUGCUCCGGAUCCGCCGACUCUUUUCUCCGCUUCCCGCACUGUCAUCACCAUUACAUGGAAGCCGCCGAAGAACAAUGGCGGAACGCCGAUCACAGGUGCGAGCUGCUUUGAUUUGCUUCGAACUUUUGUUCAGUUUUCAAUUCAGCUCACUUCGUCUAGUUUUUCUUUUGUAGUGCCAGCGAGUUCCGAUAAGUCAAAACCUACCUGCGUACUUUCCGCGUGGAUACCGGCAGAGGGCGAGCGCUUAACCUCCUUAACAACUACACUAAAAGCCCCUGCGAUUAUUUGAAAAUGGACAAGCCUAGGAGUAAAGGCGGGCGAAAUUAUACACCUAAUACCUGCCACCGCGAACAGUAUCGGUCUCCCCAUAGUGCGCCUAUAGUGAGUGCUAGAAUUGUGGGCCGCGGAACGAUGUCCGCACUAUCAAACUAAUUAUUUGUGUAAGGGCCCUAGGUGGAGCUGCGCGGCAACUCGUUGCGUUUCUUUUUUGUAUCGCAAGCGAGUUCCGUAAAGAACCUGCCUACAUAUUGUAGCGCCACGCUUAUCCGAAAGGGAAGCGCUUGCGCCUUUAUCCGAGAAGUUGCCGGCGACGGACGGGGCUGAGUCCCCUGCAGUAAACGCUAAAACUCAGAUCCGUCGACUUUAUGACGAUCAAGGUUGGGAGCUAAGGCUAAGGCAUUCAACUGCCACGCGGAAAGCCGACUAAUUCUGAGCUCUUUACUUUGAACUUGAGCUAUUUGUUAAAUGCAAACUUUGACUCUCCGGAGCGGGAGUGCUAACGCGGUGGUUUUUCAAGGAAUACUGAUACUUACUAUGUAUAAGUUCGUUGAUAGUUUGACUACUUUCUCGUAUAGAUGUCACUCCAUGCCACCAUCAUUGGCCAGACAUCGCUAACCUGACCAAACUUUGACUCUCUGCAAUCAUUAGAGCUUUUCUUGAAUGAAUUGAGAUACUGGGUUCAUAGACAUAAACUUCAGGUUACAUUAUCCAACGAUCGCGCAUCGACGCGAAUGAGUUUGGUACAGUGGACUGCAUUUAUGGUGCCGGCACUUACAUCUCUACGCUCCCGCCGGACAUGCACACCUGUCCCGAUGACUCGAUCGCAGACGAAACCAAAUGCCCGAAUCGGUUGUGCAAGUACCGCGUGCUGGCGUUGAACGGUGUGGACGAUUUGAACUUUGCGGAUGUGUCUGGUUUCACGAUUUUCAAGGGUGCGGACCCACCAAAUGCGCCCCCGCUGGCUGCAAUUGAGCGCGAAGACCCGACCGAGGCAACUUCAAUCAAGUUGUUCUGGGGUGCUGUGAUCAGCGACAUCAACAACGGUGGUGACGCGGUGACAGGGUAUCGCCUGUACGCUAACACGGGUGUGGACGACGUUCCGCAGCUCAUCUUCGACGGGCUGGGUAGUCCAUCGAAACGUGAAUUCUUGCACAGCGGGCUCACCCCGGGAUUGCGCUACCGCUACCAAGUGUCAGCGAUCAACCGCGCCGGAGAGGGUACACGGUCGGAAGUCGCAAAAUUCUUGGCAGCAGUGAAUCCGAUGGCUCCGAGCAAGCCGCGUCUGUUGAAAUCGACGUCGGACUCCAUCACGAUUUCUUGGGAUCCGCCGCCAAGCAUCGGAGGCUCGUACAUCACGAAGUACACCGUCUGGUACAACGAUGGAACAGAUGGCUCGCCGCUGUCGAACAAGCUGGAAAUCUGUAACGGAGCGAAAACGGACUACACGAUCGACCAGCUGACCAAGAAGAACGCAUUGUACCAGUUCCAGGUGCAGGCGCACGCAGCGUGUCCGGGAGACGGUUUGAUGCCGCCAGUGUGCGGUGGUCAAGGCUACGACACGACAGUCUGUUUGGGAACCAGUUACUUGUGUCCAGCGGGCUUCAACUACUGUACAUUGCCGAGUCCUAAGGGCCACAUUUCGCGAUUCUACACGGCGCAAGCGCCGAGUCCCGUAACCAACCUAGAGAUCCAAGCUGGCUCGUUCACGAAGACGAGCGUGAUUGUGCGUUGGUCCGUCACUGACACCACCGUGGACAAGAUUCCGAUCACGGGAUUCAAGGUUUACCGCGACGACGGUCUCGGCGGCGACUACAUCCACACGGACAGUCUGCCGACUUCUAGUUCUCUAGGUGCGUUCAGCGACAAGGUCUCUGUCACCGACUUGGGAAAUCAGUACGAAUUUUCCAACCUCGUUACAGGACGCAGCUACCACUUCUACAUAGACAUUUGUAACGGUGUGGGCUGCACGCCGAGCAAUGUGCUGGGGCCGGUGCCAAUCGCGUCUGUGCCAGGCAAACCGCCAGCGCCGACUUUGAAGUCGUCCUCUGCGAGUCCUAUUCCGAAGAUCGAGUUCAAUUUGUUCUAUCCCGAGGACAACGGCGGUUCUGCGAUCACAGGUCUGCAACUAUACAAGGAUGACGGACAGAACGGCCUUCUUUCACCGUGGUUGUCGGUGGAUCCCUCCGUCUCGGUUUACACAGAUACCAAUGUGAUUGCUGGUCGCACGUACCGAUACAAGGUCGUCGCGCUAAAUCCUGUCGGUGAAUCUGUUCCUUCACUGGUGAGCUCCUUUUUGGUAGCUGGUCGGCCAAGACGUCCACUUUCGCCGACGCUGGUUUCGCAGAGUCGAGACACCAUCACUGUGCAGUGGCUUGCGCCAGCAGAUAACGGUGGGAGUGACAUCACGUCUUUCACAUUGUACCGCAACGGCGGUGUUGGCGACCCGGUCACGCCAGUGUUCAAGGGCGCUGCGUUGGAAUAUAUCUCUACGAACCUCCUAACGUUCAAGAACUACCGUUUUCAGGUGUCCGCGACGAAUCAAGUCGGCGAAUCCGAUUUGAGCGAAGCCGCAGACUUUUUGACGAUUCAGCAGCCUGGCCAAGUGGGAACGCCGGUUUUGGUUGACUCUCUCUGUGGAACGACUGCGGGAACAGCGCAGGUGCGAUUCCGCUGGACAGCACCGCGUGACGAUGGCGGCUGCGCGAUGGAGAAGUACCAAAUUUUGAUGGACGGCGUGCUGGCGCCGAGUAAUGGUCCGACUGAGGUAGAUGCUACCGUUACUUCAGCAUUGUUCAGCGGCCUUACUUGUGCGACACGGCCUAAGUUCACUGUGCGCGGUAAAAACUGCUUGGGCGAAUAUGCCGGCGAGUCUGCGGCUCUCUUUGUGCCUAUUGCGUCGUUGCCGUCGAAAGUUCUCAACCUUAAAGGCGUUCCGGUGGAUGCUAGCAGCAUUCGUUACACAUGGGACAAGCUUGUUGGCGAGAUAAACGUGGGAUCGAAGGACCCCAAUGCGAUUCUUGGGUACGAGUUGUGGCUCGACGAUGGCCUUGGUGGCUCCUUCAGCCGUGUAUACGACGGUUUCUACAAACCGCAUACCACUGAGUACACUUCCGUUAAGCUGGUGAGUCGUCGUGUGUACCGUGCGUACGUGCUUGGCGUGUCGGCCGCCGGAAAGGGUCCACCUUCGGACAUCGUUUAUGCAAUUAUGAGUGUCGAACCAAGCGAGCCGAUGAACGUGCAGGUGUCUGCAGCGCUGAUUCAAGUGUCCGGAUCUGCGUCGGCCGAAACUGUCGUUAGUGCUGACACAGUGCAGGUUUCCUACGAACCUCCGCUUGCCGAUGGUGGCGAGUCGAUCACAAACUACAUCGUGCAAUACGCGAUCGAACCCACGUUCUCGAACUGGACGACUGUGACACCGAACCCAGAUAACACGCAGUUAUCUGUACAGAUUGGCGGACUUCUGUCUGGGAAAAUUUACCAGUUCCGUGUGGCCGCGCAGAAUAACGCCGGCGUUUCGCCAUUUUCGAACGUGAAGGCGCACAUUGUUGGUACGCCGCCGACGGCCGCGCCCACUGGACUGUCCAUUUCUGCAUCCACGAUUUCGUCAUUGACUUGGAGCUGGCAGAGUCUGGAUGUGAAUAACCAAGGUGGUGCAGCGCUGAAUGGGUAUCGGCUCUAUAUGGACACCGGUUUAAACGAUCCGAGUUUGCAUCUCGUCUACGAUGGAAUAGGAGCACCUUCCGUGACGCAAUUCACGCAGUCGGCACUUACGUGCGGCCGCACGUAUCGAGCGCAAGUGUCGGCACUGAACUCUAUUGGCGAAGGACCUCUGAGUCCGAUCGCCUCUGCAAACCUGGCGAUUACGCCAACGCAGCCGGCGAGUGCGCGUGUUGUGAGUUCUACCUCCAACCAAAUCGAUCUUGCUUGGGAUAUCCCGUUCGAGACGGGUUGCGCCAUGAUGGAGAGCUACCGUGUUGAGCGUGACGAUGGUAACGGGUUCAACAUCAUCGCCGAAACCAACGCGAGCACGCAGGCAUACUCGGAUAGCACCAGCCUCGCCACUGGCGACAUGUACAUCUACCGUGUGUCUGCACGCAACGUUGCUCGCGCACAGUACGGUCUCUAUUCGAACUACAUCACUGCCUAUGCAGCCACCAUUCCUGGGUUGCCAGUCAAUUUAGGGUUUGCAGGUGCAACAACGCGCACAUCGGUCAGUGUGAAGUGGGAGCAGCCAACCCUGGACAGCGGCACUCCGGUCCGUCGUUACAAGGUUCAGAUUGACGAUGGUCUAGGCGGAGACUUCUUUGUUGCGACUGAGACAACGGCGACAUUUGCCACGAUUCGUGGAUUGAUCGCCGGGCGCGCAUACCGCGUGCGGGUAGCAGCGGAGAACGAUGUGGGUAUUGGUUACUACACGGAACCGAUCUCGCAGGUUGCCGCGCAGCUGCCAGGGGCCAUCGAUGUGCCACAAGUGCAAAGUACAGGCGUUGCUGGAGAGUUCUUGGUUUCCUUCCUUCCGCCGACAGAUAACGGUGGUAUCGCCAUUGUCGGGUACAAGGUUUACUACGACCAAAAUUGCGAGCAAUAUGACGGAUCUGCUGAUCCCUCGACCACUUCGGUCGUGACCCUGUGCGAAGUCGGGCGUACAUACUCGAUCACCGUGCAGGCUAAGAAUCGUCUUGGUUGGGGACCGCACUCAAGCCCCGCCGUGCGCGUUUGCAGCGUCGAACCUGCGGCGCCAACCGCGAUCGCGUUUAAGCGUUCAGUCCCUACCAGCGAGCUGGAGAUGGUCGACACGCGGACGCCAACGAGCAUGAUUCUCUCUUGGGACGAGCCAGCGAUUACCGGAGGCAGCCCAAUUUCUGUGUACAACCUGUACCGUGACAACGGAGCUGCAAGCGGUGUCUACUCGCUCGUGUAUCAGGGAAAUAAGCGCGAAUUCGAAGCCCGCGGCUUAAUCAAUGGUCGAAACUAUCGUUACUACGUGUCUGCUGUAAACGGUGUUGGUGAGUCUCAGCGAUCGCCCAUUUUCACGGCGGAGAUGCGUUGCGCGCCACGGGCGGUGUUCACUGCGCCGGUGCGCAAAGCGGCUACGGAGUUUUCCGUAACGAUUCAGUGGUCUGAGGUGGUUUCUGAUUGUGGUGCCAUGGUCACCAGCUACCGCGUAUACCGCGACGGUCAGCUGAUCUACCCGAUCUCGAACCACUUUCUUGGCACGCCAGUUGCACACGCGUGGUCCGGCAGCCAGCAUAGCGUUGUCGUCGAGUUCCGCAGCGCAGUGGCCGGUAAAGCUUGGCUCAACGUUGUUUUGCCGAGUCACGCCUUUACCGCUACCAUCGAAUCCGUGAAGAAAGGUAGCGUAGCGCUUGGCGACAAGAGCUGUAAGUAUGUGGAUAAUGAACCCCUGGACAUCAGCGCUGGAUUCACGCGUGUGAAACUACACAACUGUAACCUCCCAGUGUCUUGGAAAUCGCCUGCCGUGUCCUAUUUCUCGGCGCUGCUCUACAUCGAAUCCAGCACUGGUCUGGACGGUGACGGGACCCUCUCUCCGGCAUUGCAGUUCCCGGUUGCGCGACCCAGUAACAGCUUCCUUAACUAUCCGGUUGCGUCGGCAGUGAGCAAGGACGGCUUGACCAUGAAAUUUACAACGGCAUCUUCUAGUGGCAAAGUGUGGGCCGCCGUUGUGGCUGAAGUAAACAAGACACUCGUUACGGUCGAGGCCCUCAAGGCGAAUACCUAUGCACAAGGCGACACCACGAACUGCACUAUCUCGGGUGUGUUUGUUGCCGGCAACGAACCGCAGACGAUGACACUAAGCAUGUGCAGCAUGUUGGGUGACACGACUUACUUCUUGUACGUGUAUGCUGAGAACCAGGGCACUGAGCUGAACAAGGGCACUCUCACAGAACCAAUCGCUUUCAAAGUGGCGCCAAGCAAUAGCUUCACGGUGAUCCCUGCUUUGCGGGAAACAGUGAUUGGUCGCGCGCCCUCGAUGUCUAAUCUUGUGGUCGGAUUCACCGCUAGCGUGCCAGGUACGGGGUACGUCCUCGUGUACGAGUACGCCUUUGCGAAGACCAUCACGAAGACCAUGGCCAAAGCCGGCACAGAAACUGUGUGUACCGGGACCGCUGCGAUCACGGACGCGCUCGUCGUUGGUAAUGCUACGGCGGAAAACUGUCUAUUUCUCCCGAACAAGAACUACAAGCUGUACGUGUACAUCGAAGAUGCACUAGGUGAGACAGACGGAACAGUGUCGCCGCUCUCACUCGUGGUCGCCGCUAGUCCGGAUGUGACAAACUACUUUUCCGUGCUGCCGUAUGUUGCUAACACGGCCACUGACGUGAGCAUCCAGACCAUCACGGUCAAAGUUGUUGCUUUCGCAAACGGCAAAGCGUGGGCAGGACUUGCGGAGGAGCUGCUCGGUAGUUGCAUCAACAUUCGGAGUCUGCGGGAUGCUGGCCAAAUGCAGGUUGGGAGCGUGAACCAGUUGGUCUGCUGGAAACAAAUGUUCGACAUUCCCGGCGGCACCGAAACAACAGUUUCGCUAACCAAUUGCGACUUGCGAGGUAGCAGCAACUACCGCUUCUUCAUGUACAUCGAGGAUCUCAACUUCGUGGCAGACGUGUACACUGGCGUUCUGUCGGCGCCGGGUCUGCCACUGACUGUGCCUCCGUCGAACGGGUUCCGUGAGCCGCCGGCGCUCACAGCGGGCGGCGUUGCUCCGGACGGUGUUGCCUAUUCGUUCAACACGACGGCUGAUGGCUUCGUGUGGGCGAUGGUAGUGGAGCGACGCAACACGGAUGUGAUCGAUAUCGCAGCAGUGAAAGCGGGCAUUUUUGCAAUGGGUGCGACAAGUUGUCGCGCGAUUGGAGAAAACGCAAACAUGACAGAUUCGCCAUUGCAAGUGACUUUGACCGGGUGCCAGCUCCACCGACAGCGCCUUUACUCGGCGUUCUUGUACGUAGAAGACACGCGCGGCUUGAAUGAUGGUGACCUCGUCGGCCCUCUGGACCUGCAGAUGGAAGACUACAGCAACAAUUUCAUCGCAGGACCGUACGGAGCUUACCUACUCGGGGAUGUGAGCAGCGAGAGCGUACGUGUGGCCUUUACAACGAACGGGACAGACAUGGUUAACGGUGGUCGCGUCUGGGUUGCAGUGUAUCCGGCCACUGCGAAGGUUGACCCCGCUGCGCUCAAGGGCAACUUACCUUCUAUGGGCAUUAACAGCACCGCCUGUCGCGCGGAGAAUCUCUCGAUUACGAACGGCGUGGAAACGUUCGUUACCGUCACUGACUGCGGCCUGAGUCUUGGCACCGUUUACAUUGUCUAUGUCUACGCGGAGGACAUUCACGGUCGCAACGACGGUUUUCUGAAGGCGCUGGAGGCUGUGGUUCCGGUUGGGUUGUCCAAUUCCUUCGUAGAUUAUCCAGUUUACAAGAACGUCACCGUCGAUAGUUUAGACUUUACGUUCCAGGCUGCGACAGUCACCGGAACGCUGUUCACGAAGUUGGUACCCACCAACGCAAUCAAGCCCGGCAUUGGUUACAUAAUCGCGAAGGCACGCACACCCGUGGACUCUCUUGGCAGCACAUUAUCGACCGCGAACAACACGUGCAUGUUGAUGGGAUCGCCGAUCGACAACAGCGUGCAGUCUGUGAACCUCACGGGGUGCAGCAUGGAUCCCGGCAGCUACUUUCACCUGGUGGUGUACGUUGCAGACGCUGACGGCCACAGUGACGGCACGUUGUGGGUGUCGAAGCCGAUCGAGGCACCGCCAGGCAACGGGCUGACAGAUGGUUACCCGAGCUUUCACAUGAUGACGCCAGCCGGCUUUACGGUGCGCGGGCAAGCGAUGUCCUAUGGCAAGAUCUCGAUUCUAGUUAUCACUAAAGCUGCUUAUCAUUUCAACCCCGCGCUGAUCACGAAGAAGAACAUUGUUCUCGGAAGCUACGGUCUUGGCGGCAACGGCUGUCGCAAGUCGCGCAUGGCGAUCGAUACCAACAUACAAAACAUCCCAUUGAGCGGUUGUGGACUAAAAUACGGAGAGCAGUACAAGGUGAUGAUAUACGUCGAGGACAUGACAGAUCCGAAUGGCGGACAGCUUACGGCGAACGACCUGAUGAUGCCUGGGUCCAAUACUUUCGGGAUAGGCCCGAUCCUCCUUGGUACCCCGGUGCCGUCCUUGGUAGACCUUCAAAUCCAGCCGGAGCUGAACGGUCUAGGGUGGGCCGCAAUUUUCACGGAAGCAGAGGCCGCAACUGUGUCAGUUGCUAAGGUGAAAGGCGGACUUGGCAGUGUCUGUUUCAUGGGCAGCCAGGCGCUGACCGGCAAUACCAACUACACAUUCGCCAUGACCACUUGCAACGCUUUGGCGCGCGACACCAAAUAUUUUGCAUACGCGUACAUCACGGACACGAAUGGCAGGCUCGACGGGUCGUUGUCUCCCGCCGUGAGUAUUGAGAUGCCGAGCAACCAACAAUUCGAUUUGCGAGCACCUCCACACGCGGUUAAGAGCACCAUCACGCGUGACGGUAUGACUGUGCGUGCUACGGCGAAGUUGGAUAAGGAGAGCUACUGGUAUAUCACUCUGGUGGAUCCUGCGUUUGCGCACUCGGUUACCGUCGCGAGCAUCAAAGCUGGCACCGGAGGCAUGUGCAACACGGGUAUGCAGCACAUUCCGACGCCUCCGUACACCACUGACCGCACCGCAACACUUGCAGGCUGCAAUCUGCAGUUUGCGAAAGUGUACAAGCUCUUCGGGUACAUCGAGGACAGCUCAGCGAACAACGGUGGUUCGGUUUACGGUCCGAUUGACUUUGAUAUGGGUCCAAGUGACAGUUUCCAGGUGCGGCCGUACCUCUACAGCACGCCGACGACCAACGGCGCAACCUUCAAGCUGCAGAGCACGAAAAGCACGGGCAAGCUCUGGGCUGUGCUGACCAACAGUGCCAACGCACCGGUGACGAACACGGCUCACAUCAUUCGUGGCUUCACCACAAGCUACUCGAGCAAUGCGAACUGCCGUGUUUCGAGCACCAUCAUUGCCAGCUCGUCCUUAUCUACGGCUUCGUUCACAACUUGUGCUUUAGCCGUGAAUGAGACGUACCACGUGACUUUCUACGUGGAGGACACGCUGAACCGGUACGACGGCCAGAUCGAUUCGGCGUCGUUCUAUCUACGCGACCCAGCCCCCUCGAACACGUUCACAAAGUACCCGGAAGCAACCGGCACCCCGACAGCGUCUACCGUGACCUUCAACUUCCAGACUACCGCAGCUGGAUUUGCGUACUACGCGAUUGUGAAGCUAAUGGACGCAGCGUCGUUUGAUAUUGGUGCGAUGAAACUGCUGAACUCGCCGCUGAUCUCAGGAGCGUACAACGACUUCGACCAGUGCCGCGGCAACGGAACCAUUGGCGCGGGAGUGUCAACCUUCACAGUGAAUAACUGCGUCCUCGCAGCUGGCACGGAUUACCGCAUUCUAGUGUAUGUGGAAGACAGCGCGGAGGCGAAUAAUGGAGAGUUGACCACAACAGGUGGAAAGCUUAUCAAUUUGGCGUACUCGUCGACGGUGCAUGUCGCACCAGCGCAGCUGAACGCCACGGGCGACGCCAUUGGCUUCUCCUUCACUCCAGCGAUCGCGGGCAAGGCUUGGGCGCGGGUGUUCCCAGCGAGCUACGAGCCCACUGUGAGCGAAUUCAAGACCUCGACGUCCUCGAUGGCGCGCGGCGAUUUUACGACUUGUGGACUCCAAGACUUGGCGGUGAAUGCCAUGACAAUCGCAGAGGUAUACUUUGCCAGCGGUUGCGAGACUCCGGCGACAAACGGAACCUUUUCCGUAUUUGUAUACGUGGAGGACAACAGUGGAUCGAAUGACGGACAAGUGGCCAGCGGACCAUUGAACAUCGGGUAUUCCGCGAAACUGCUUGUUCCCCCAGUGAUGCACGGAACACCGACUGCGAGUAACGUGUACGCCUCAGUGACGCCAGAUGUUGCGGGUCGCGCACGGGCCAUCGUCGUUGAGCCUGCACACAUUGGCAAUGUCACUGUGGACGACUUCUUCGGCACAUAUGGUCGCGCAACGACGUUGGCUAUGUGCCGGAGCGCUGAGUUGCCUACGACAGUUGCGGGCGAGGUGAACAAGCUCGUUGUGUCCAACUGCUUGCUGUCUCACGAGCGCACUUUCGCUCUGAUGAUCUACGUUUCGGACGACAAGGGAAGUUACGACGGUUUCCUUCAGGCGCUUCCAGGAAACUUUAACGUUUCGGCUGGGACCUCGAACUUGUUUGAUCGCUAUCCCAAGAUCACGACCCCAAUUGCGCCGAACGGCUUCACGAUGACGUUUAGUCCGCAGAAGUCGGGCGAAGCUUACUCGAUCGUCGUCGAAGCGGCACUGGACAAACAAGUCACUCCGAAGACCAUCAAAGAUCGGUCUUUGCUGUCCCCGCAGUCUGGUGUCAAGUGCUUCAUCGAAGCGGACCCCAUUUCGGAACUCGUGCAAGAAACGUACGCGUUCUCAGGUUGCAAUCUGCAGGUGGGACACAUGUACAAGGGUUUUGUUUACAUUAUCGGAAAUUACACCAGUGGCGAGGACGGAACGUUAUCGCCUGCGUUCAACGUCGAGAUGCCGGCCAGCAACACGUUGACCAGCUACUUUCUCACAGCGCAGCCUGUCACGACUGAAGUGCUGGCGUCAGUAACAGCUGAGACAACGGGUAAACUCUCUGCGGGUGUGUAUCCGCUGACAGCGUUCUCGAAUGCCAGCACGCUGCUGCCGAUUUCGACGAUCCAAAGCGGCUUCGGAGCUCACUGCAGCAAACUGGCGCAAUCCGUGACUGCGGCUACGCCUCACGCCUUGAAUUUCGCUGGCGGAUGCAACAUGACCGCCGGCGUGCGCGCCGCUUUAGUUCUUUACGUUGAGGACACAAACAACAACAAGGACGGCACCCAGUACUACUUCGAAGUGACGCCGCCAGUGAGCAACAGCUUUUUGGUGCCACCGUAUAAUCCAGAGGGAACCAACGCAUCCGCUGAUGGCUUUUCGUGGAAGUUCGCUGCGUCUGGUCCCGGCAAGUACUGGGCAAUGGUUACGAUCAAGCAAAAGACGGGAGAGCCGUUGCCGCAAGGUCCGCAAAUCAAGGCUCUGCAGGGCGCGUUCGGUAGCUUCGGUUGUCGCAAGCACAAUGAGCCACUGAGUAGCUUUGGUAGUUCCUUGAGCAUGAUCUCGCAUGACUUCACCGACUGCCAGUUUACGAAGGGCUUUGCAUACUUCCUACACGUUUACGUGGAGGACGACAACGGACUUGGUGACGGCGCUGUUGUGUAUCCGCCAGUCGAGAUCCAUAUUCCGCCCAGCAACUCUUUCGCGGUGGAGCCGUAUUUAUCCAGCACUGCCGUUGCCGACGGCGUGACGAUCGAGUACCAAGCCACGGAGAGUGCGGGUCGUGCUUUCGGCGCCAUCUUUCCGCUUUUCCAGUACCAGCUCGCCGGAAACGAUGUGGAUAAUAACUUCAACGAAACUGUUGCCUACCUCAAAUCGGGUCUCUACUCGGUCGGCGGCGAGUUGUGUAACAAGACCAGCGUCAAUAUUGGAGACACGCGGCAGUCGUGGACUCUUUCCGGGUGCGGUCUGGCUCCGAAGACGCCUUACAAACUGCUCGUCUACGUGGAGGACACGGCUGAGGUGUCCGACGGCACGCUAUAUGGCAUGACCAUCAACAUUGGCUCUGGUGCACCGAGCAACUACUUUGUUGCCUCGCCUUCAAUGUCGGCGGUUACCACCGACGGCAUCAAGUUUCGCUUCACAACCGUCGCGCCGUCAGGCUACCUGUGGACGGCGAUUGUGGCGCAGCAGCAAAGUUCAAUGGUCGCCACGUUCGAGGACGUCAAGAGCGGCAAGUUCUCGCAAGGUGGCAGAAGCUGUAAGCAGAGUGGGGCUCUGGUCACGAACCGAGCACCUUACACCACCACGUACAAGGAUUGCCGCCUCGCGGAAGGUGCUUCGUACCGACUCUUCGCGUAUGUGGAGGACGCCGGAGAGCAGAACGAUGGCGCAGUUUCUGUCACGGCGUUCACUGUGCCAGCAAAGGUGGCAGCGAUUUCCAAAGAUCCGCUUGUCCGUGAGUUCACAGACACAAACGGCAACGCGGGUUUCGGCCAGUUGCUGCCGGGCACAGCACACUACUACCAUGUGCGCGCCGUGAACAAGAUCGGAACUGGCGUCAAGUCGGCGAAGUCUAACUUGAUAUAUGUUGCGGAUCGACCAGCAACGCCGCAACCACCAUUGGCCCUGCACAAGACUAGCUCUUCCGUGUCGCUCAGUUGGUUGGCGCCCUAUGCGUCAAACUUGCCGAUUACAAGCUUCAACUUGUACAUGAACGCGGGCGAUGGAAAGGAUGUCUACACCGAAAUUUACCGCGGUCUCUCCAACUCGUAUGCUAAAACGUCACUGACAACCAGCGGCAAGUACAAAUUCCGCGUGGCUGCAACCAGCGCAGUAGGCACUUCAGAUUUGUCAGAACCGGUCGAGGCCACUCUGUGUGCAACGCCGACGGUGCCAACAAAUCUGAAGAUUGUGUACCGAAGCCCCGUGUUGAUCCAGAUCAAGUGGGAGGCGCCACUAGUCGUCGGGGGCUGUCCGGUAGAAGCUUACAUCGCGCGACGGGAUGGCAUUUUGCAACUGGAACAGCAAACCACCGAGUAUUUCAUCGACCCAGCAAGUCCGGGAACGGUGUACAAAUUCGCGGUGCAGGUGCGCACAGCUGGUGGCCGCUCUGCCUUCACGCAAGAGGUGGCUAUUGUGGCAGCAGAAGCGCCAGCGAAGAUGACCAUUCCAACGGUGGUGUCUGCCGAUCAGCUUCACGUGAAAUUGUCGUGGACGGCGUUGCCUCAGGACCAGGACGGUGGCAGCCCAUUGCUCUUCUACCGCGUCUUCCGCAACAACGGACUCGGCGGAAGCAUUUAUGUGCCGUUCAACGACACUGCGAGUGGCAGCGGGGCAACGGGGCUUACAUUGUACACCAAUGCGGGGCUGAGCGACUAUCUCGUUGCUGGUCGGCAGUAUUGCUUCACCGUUGCCGCGAUGAACUUGGUCUCCUGGACGAACGCGUUGAACGAUCAGCUCCCACGCCAAUCCGAUCCAGUGUGUGCGUACACAGCCGGUGCCCCCGACGCGCCAGGCACGAUUUUUUUUCAUCGUGUCACCAAGGGCGAGCUCACCGCGUACUGGCCGGCGACCGUGGAUGACAAGGGCUCUAGUGUCGACUUCUACGAGUUGUGGAUGAAGACAGCCAGCACCGACUUUUCGAUUGUUGCGACGAACGCUGCGGCAGAUUUGGACCAUGUCAUUAGCAACUGCCAGUUGGGCAUCACCCUGUUCUUCAAGGUACGGGCGCACAACGCAGUUGGAUGGGGUCCUUAUUCGCCUGAAGUGGAGGGAACUUGCGCGACCGUUCCGGACCAGCCACUGGCACCGAAGCGGGUGACCAGCACUCGCACGGGCAUCACCGUUGCGUGGGAUGCACCAGUGAAUAACGGCGCCACAAUCACCAGCUACAAGCUUUACCGCGCAACCGCAGGUGGACCGUUCGCGCUGAUCACAAACGCACUGGUCAAAGAAUACGACUCGGUUGGUCUCAGCCCAGGCACUGAAUACCGUUUCCGCGUGUCCGCUGUGAACAACGCCGGUGAGUCUGCUGUUUCCGACGCAAUUCUGAUCCAAGCCGCUGGCGUGCCAGGUUCGCCGACGGGCAUCAAGUUCAGCUAUGCAAGUCGCAGUGGCACUGUGGUCUCUUGGACGCCGCCAUUGGACGAUGGAGGAGCACCGAUCACGCAGUAUCAGGUGUAUUAUGGACUGUUCUCGGAGUCGCCGAUGGCAACGACAGGCCUGCUGAACCGUCUGGCGUGGACAGGAGCAGGCACCGCGACUGAUUUCCUUUCGCUCGCGAGCGGAAAUCGCUACAAAUUCCAGGUAGUCGCGCACAACCAGAUCUCGCUUAAUUUCGGAACGAGUGGCGCGCCUUCUGCAGUUGCAGACUGGUAUGCAGCGGUGCCGCCAGGUGCACCGCCGCUGUAUCUGAAUGACAGCAGCAUCGGAAGUAUCACCUUCCAAUGGGACGACCCACUGGACGAUGGUGGUGCGGCGCUCACUGCCUUCAAUCUCUUUAUUGAUGACGGAGCUGGAGGUCCGCUGGCCAAGGUAUACACUGGUCUUGGAAAGCAGUUCAAGAUUAGUGGACUGGCUACGGGCUACACGUAUCGGGUGGAACUUACGGUCGAGAACCAAGCUGGCGUGUCGGCGCCGAGCUUCCUGAACGCAAUUACGUGCGACACGCCACAGGCUGUGCGCAGCUUCGAAAUAACGUCGCGUUCAGAGCUUGCGACAACGUUCUCGUGGGUGCAACCCCUGGGGGCAAGUCAUUGCCCCAUUUUAGGGUACAUUGUCAAGGGAGGGUAUCCUGCGAACAACAUGGUGCAAAUUGGCAGCACGGACGCCGCAGACCUCACGACCUUCACGUACACUCAUCCGACGCAGAAUGAGUAUCGCUACUAUACAGUUUCUGUGGAGAACUUCAAGACAAAGAACUCCUUGGCUACUGGCGUACCGUACUCUCCAGCGAUUCUCGCCUUGACCGCUGGCGCGCCCACAAAGCCAUUGGAUGUGAAGGCUGCUGCGAUCAACUUGACCGAUAUCACACUUGCUUGGUCCUCGCCUUUGUCCAACGGAGGCUCACCGAUCACGCAGUACUACGUGUUCAAGAACGACGGCCAGGGCGGCAACAGCUACGUGGAUGCGCUGGGCAGCGGUCAGACCAUCACGACUCAAACCGCUACUGUCACCGGCCUCACAACAGGGUACUUCUACAAGUUCCAAGUGGCUGCUAUCAAUCGCGUGGUGAUCGACAACCCGUUGAACGACGUGACGCCACAGUUUAGUGACCCAUUUUCAGCGUUCAUUGCGGUCACACCGGGUGUCCCGGACAUGCCAGAGGUGAUCAAUGGAACGCGCACUCCAACUGGAAUCACCUUGCGAUGGAAAGUUCCAGUCUUAGCCGAUGGAAUCACGGAGGACAACGGCGGCCAGCGCAUUACAGGCUACAGACUUUACCGUGACGAUGGCGUUACUGGCAUUCCGAACAUUCUGAUCUGGAACGGCGAGAACCAGGCGACAAUCUUUGAGUUUGCUUCGACUGGUCUGAAUCCAGGUUCAAACUAUGUUUUUGCAGUGGCGGCAUUGAAUACCGCGGGAGAGUCGGCGAAGAGUGAUUACUUGUAUUUUGCUGCAGGACAGGGUCCGAGCUUUGCGACAGCACCUCGCAGGAACUUGGUAGUGACACCAACAGACUCCACUUCUAUCGCUCUGGAGUGGAAUGUUCCGGAGAACUUGAACAACCAAGAAGUUGAGUUGUACAAGGUCUUCCGUGAUGAUGGUGCUUAUGGGGACUUUGUUGAGAUUGCUACGACAACCAAGCGCAAUUAUACUGUCACUUUCAACGAGGUGGCAGACGGAGUCAACGGCACCUAUCCGAAUCCAGACAGCGGCUUCUACAGAUUCGUGAUUCAGGCGAAGAAUGCGGUCGGAUUUGGAGCGUUCUCACCCGUUUUCCGAGUGCAGAUUUGCGGUAAACCAACGAACCCGGAAAGCUUCGAGUUCAAGGAUUUCUCGGAUGAUGGGGUAUCUCUGGUCUUCUCGGCGCCAACAAGCGGCGGCUGUUUCACGCCGUUCAUCACCAAAUACCGUAUCUUCAUGAAGCAAGCCACCAAUGCGUACUUGCAAAUUUACGAGGGCGGCCCGUCAGUCUUGGAAACCACACUCAACAGCCUCACACCGGGCGAGACCUACCAGUUCCAGAUUACGGUGUCGAACUACGACCAAACCAGUGACCCGUGGCCGCCAAACAAGAUUCUCACGGUAGGCGCUCCACCGCAGCCGCCAGGCAUUCCGACGUUCGACCCCGAUGCAGCAGACUCCAGUGUCAUCAAGCUCAACUGGGCCGCCGCUUACUCCGUCUUGUCGGUGAGCAAGUACGAAUUGUACUACGACAACGCGCAGAUCGGCGCCAUCGACCAGCUGUUGUAUUCAGGAACCGCUCUCACCUUCACGAAGACUGACUACACCCCGGGAAAUGAGUACAGGUUCCAAGUUCGUGCAGAAAAUCUGAACGGAUUUGGAAUUCGCAGUGGUGUCGGCAGUUGGUACGCAAGCAAGAACCCGCUUCAGCCGAACAACUUGGGCUACUACGCAAGCACUCCAAACUCGAUCUUGGUUGCUUGGGAUCCACCGACACAGCAGAAUGCAAACGACGCGCCACUGAAGAAGUACUUACUUACUUACAAAAUAGAGACUCAACUACAAUUUGGAUUUUCGUUGUGAUCUUUUUUCUUCUUGAUGGAUUCUCUUGUUACCUGUUCAGUAACUAAAAAGAGUAUGUCAUGGACAUGAAAAGAUAGAAACAGUCAAGAUAAUCUUGAAAAAACCUAUCACAGGUAUGUCAUCGGGUACAAGGAUAUGACCGCUGGUGGAGAUGAGAAAUUCAUCAACAUUCCGCCUGCGAGUCGUUAUGGUGGGCCAACGGAGGACUUGGUUACCAGUAACACGAUUCAGUUCCGCAUCCAGGCCUGCAACAUUAACGCGUGCGGUCCCUACACAAGUGUCGUCAACCUCGUGGUUGGUGGCUUACCUGAGAAACCCGACGCCCCGAGUGUCCUCAAUUCGACUAGUUCCGAGAUCACGCUGCAGUGGUCCUACGCAGGCAAAGAUAAUGGCGGCGUGACCAUUCAGAAGUUUGCUGUUUUUGUGAGUGGUAAUAGUGGUUCGACGUACGACCUGGCAGGCUACACGCCGAGUGCAGCGGAGACGCAGUUCACAUACGCGUGCCCGGCUAGCGGUGCAACGUUUUACUUCAAGGUUGCCGCGAUGAACGGCGUUGGUGGCUCUGCGACCAGCACGGGUGCGUUUUCCGACUCAAUGGCGCUUGUUUGCACGGGCCCGCCGCAGACACCGGCCGCGCCGACCUUGACAGGUACGCAGAGCAGCAUCGUGGUUGCACUUUAUAACCCUAGCGUUUUGCAGUUGAACGGUGCCACACACACUGGCUGGGAGAUUCAGAUCGACGACGAGAACGAUGCAGAUGACAUUUUUGAGGUGAUUCCUUUCAAUGACGCUUCGUCAUUGUCCUACACCUACACGAACAACGUGACCACGGGACACGCUUACCGUGCCAAGAUUCGAUUGUGCAGUUCUGUUGGAUGUUCGGCUGCUUCCCCAGUAUCCGCGUCGAUCAAGGCUGCUUCGGUCCCGAGCGCAGUCGACAACGUUCGUGCGUUGAAUAGCGACGACGGACAGAUCACAGUCGGCUGGGACUUCACCGGAAGCAACGGUGGAAGUGCCAUCACCGCUUAUCUCUUGUACAUUGCAGAUGCGGAUGGAAACACCUACACCGCAACCGUGAGCGACCCGAACGUGAAGCAGUACUCACAACCGUGCGCCCAAAACGGUUUCAAUGCUGCGCGAAAGUUCUUGUUUUUCAACGUCGCGGCACAGAACGCGAACGGCAUCAGCACGCUUUCAGAGACCCUGGCUCGCCGAUGUUCGCAAGCUCCGGCAACACCAGAUAUCCCAACUUAUGUGUCCAGCACAGCGACCUCGAUUACGAUUUCGUGGCCCACACCGGACAUGCACGGUGCACUGCAUCUGUUCACAACAGUCUAUGUCGACAACGGUGCUAACGGCGCCUUUGGCACUAUCAAAUUGACUGACAUCUCGCAAAACCAGUACACUGCAACGGGGCUAACCAGCGGCAACUCGUACCGAUUUAAAGUGUCCGCUACAAGUGAAGCAGGGCAGAGUGCUGAGUCGGGCAUUCUUAGCAUAGUAAGUGCCACGGUGCCGGGGAAAGGCACGCUGGUGAAGGCCGAUAGCAACAAUGGCGACAUCACACUCACCGCAGUGAUGCCGGAAUCCACAGGAGGCUCGCCGCUUACUGGGUAAGGAAGAAUUCCGGCUGUUUCUUUUACUUUUACAUUCAUGUGUUGUUGUUGUCCGAACUGCUUUUCUCUUUUGAUUAUUUUGACCGAUAAGAAUUCGCCACGCCUCAAUCUUAAACUGACAUCUCCCAGGUACAAAAUCUACGAGUCAACCGAUGGUGUCAACUUCGGAACGAUCCCAGCGCACACAAAUCAGGAUUUAACGCAGUUGAACUUCACUCGAACGGGAUGCAACUUUGGAGACAACUACUGGUUCCGUAUGUCGGUUACCUCAGGAGUCGGUGACGGUCCGUUCUCAGACUAUAUCCGCGUGAGGUGCUCGGCGCCGCCGAACACGCCGAGUGCGCCCACACUCUCCUCAUCGACAAAGACCAGCAUCACUAUCGCGUACUUUUUGAUCGAAAGCGAGCCAGCUUAUGAUUGCUUAGAUCGCUGUUUUGAAAUCGAAUGAAGAAGGCGUGAUUAAUCCGUACACAGCUACAUCAACUCGAUCUAGCUUCCGAGGUGGUAGAGACUACACAGAUUUUAUGAUUCUUUCAGCAAUGCAUUGUGCCGUUUAUAAAUCGUGAAAACUCAGAUACAAUUACGGCAACGUAGCGAACCUGAACAACGCAGUGUUGCAGGGUUACACCGUCUACAUUGAUGACGGCAACGGUGGUCCUUUCCUGAGUUACUUCGUGGUCGAUGUAACGCAGCAAACUUACGAAUUCACCAACCUCGUUACAAGUCUCCCCUACAGAUUUAUGGUUCAGAUUCACUCCGACGCGGGUAUUAGUGCUACCUCCCCCACAGCCACCUUCUACGCUGCCGCUAGAGCAGACAAACUCCCAGACGACAGCCUCUUUGUGCAGGCGAGCACAGCAAAUUCUAUCACGUUGGCGUGGACGCAGCCAAGCGCGUACUGACUCACCCGUUUCUAGCGAGUUUGGCUUCACGACUUAGACUCAUGCUUUCCUACUUGGCUACUGAUUCAGGAUCUAGGUGGAAUGUUUAUAUACCUGCUCUUGUGUCGUUGCGACCUAACCCUAAGAUGGAAUCAUGUAUUUCCACGAACUUCAACCUUCUUUUUCACCAGCUACGACGCGGGCGGUGCCUCUGUGACCAACUGGUUGGUUUGGGCAACGUCCGACAGGGAUCAGUUCACACUGGAUGAAGCAAGCGCUGCCAUCAAGACGAGCAGCGGUGCCGUUUUCACGGGCACGUUUGUGCCGUGUCCAGUUGCUAACGCAUACGUCUUCUUCAAAAUCGCAGCCUUGACUGCCGCCGGCAUCGGUCAAUUCAGUGAGGGUCGACGCUUCCGCUGCUCGCCAAAGCCAGACCGACCACAGCCUCCGACGCGAUUGUCAUCGACCGACACCUCGAUCACAAUUCAAUAUGCACCGGGCAACCUGAAUAAUGGUAAGAUAAAGAUUUAGACUGGAGAAAUGAUGUAGUUACUCUUCCGUAUACUAGCAUACGGAGUUUGUACGGCGAUUAUCGGCUCUUCUGGUUCUACUCGAACCUGCUGCGUCCUCAUCAGCGCGGCCUGGCCGCAGGAUAGAGGACCCUCAGCCACCUUACCCUUUGUAGGACGAUAAUAGUUAUACUAGGAAAUGUUGUUGGAGUAUUCGUAGAACCUUUUUCCUAGUGGACGAUCAGGAUUACAUCCACCUAACAUCUUUUCAGGUAUCCACUACGGCUAUGCCAUAUACAUCGACGAUGGUCAAGUAGGCUCCUUCACGCGCACGUUCAUCGGGGAUACAAGCAGCACCACUUUCACCGCCUCAGGCUUAGCCACCGCCCUUGGUUACCGAUUCCGCAUCGCAGUCGUCUCCGAAGUUGGCGAGAGUGAUCCUAGCAAUGUGGCCACUUUCUAUCCGGGUAGCCGCGCCGCCGCACCCAGUCCGCCAUACUACAUCGGUAGCACAGCUAACACUUUGACUGUUGGUUGGACGGCGGGCACUAGCAGUGGUGGCAACACGGUCAUUAGCUGGCAACUAGAGGCCACAAACAAUCUCGCUAGCUGGCCUGGAACCGUUCUGGCGACCGGUGCUAUCACCUUGCAGGCAACAGUGCUGUGUAACAACGUGAAUAACCAGAACUUGGUCCAGAAUUUCGUGUACCUACGAGUGGCGGCAGUAACCAAUGCCGCUCUGGGCUAUUAUUCACCGGAGGUCCGCCUCUUUUGCGCGCUUGCGCCAGCAAAACCAACCUUGUCCGAGGACAAAGCGGCCUCCUCCACAAGCGGGAUUAAGCUGACAUGGAUCGAGGGAGACCUCUACCAAGCGCAGCUGCUGGAAUACAAAGUCUACGCCAACGAUGGUACAUAAAGAGAUCUAGUUUCAAUCUUAAUCAUGGAAAACGAGUUUGUAGGUACUUUCAUUUUUUCAAACAAAUCAAAUGCAAAAGUAUCCGCUUUUAGUCCUUCCUCUGAGAUCCUUCAUUCUAUUCUAUCUCUGACGCGGUGAUCUCCUCCAUUUCCAACACACAAACCUUCUCUCGGUCUACUUUGCAGGUCUGGGAUCGGAUUUGAAGCAUGUUGCGACGGUCACCGACAGUUCUCAGCGGCAUUACGUUUUUACACCGGCGUUGGCCAACCGACCAUACAAAUUCAAGGUCAGUGUGGUGUCAUCAGUUGCAGAGGGUGCACUUUCAGACGAGUACUUUAUUUCGUGCCAUGUAGAGGAGAGGAGAUUCCAAGUAGAAUGUGCAGCUAGAGGUUUCUAGGUUUCUCUGACAGCACAGAAACAGAAUCAUAAUCGGUAGCUCUCGUCUCGCUCUCUACCUAGUAUAUUAUACUCAACAUAGUAAUUCAUUUUGCCCUUCACAGAUACACUGGCUGGUCGUGCGGUCUUCCAAAUGUGACGAAUAGUGUACCGACCGUGAAGAAAGGUCUUGUGGUCGGAAACUCAUUUCAGCUUUCUUUGCGGUGGGGUGCUCCCUCAGAUGACGGCGGCUGCUCAGUUUUAGGUUACAGAGUGAUGAAGGCGAACUACAGGUACUGAAGGCUUGAGAUUAAGCUUGCAAAUAAAAAUAAUGGAUCAUGAUCAUGCAUAUUGCCUACGAAAUAGAUUCAUUUCACACAGGUCGAUUACUGAACAUCAACGCGUCAUCUUCCUUUUACACUCACUCUACAGGCAAGAGCCCAGUGGAACCGAGAUUGGCGAUAGUUUGUACACCGAUAUCCAACCUGGUGGCGGGACUCCGGAUACGGAGCUCGACCCAACGCAACUGACUCUAGAGAGCUUCAGCACGAACAUCGUCGUAGCUAAUUUCCACAAGUUUAAGAUUGCAGUGGUGACGAAUAAGGGAAGCACCGAAACGCCAGAACAGCUUAUCAAGGCAGCCGGAGCACCAAAUGCGCUGGCGUCUGCUCCAUCGCAAGAUGUAACUGGAUCAGGACCAUCGCAAGUAAAGCUCACUUGGGGUAUCGUCCAGAACAACGGCGGCAUUGUUAUCGGGUACAUGACAUUUUCUAGAAUCUUGUCCAUGAUAAAUUAUGAAAAAGAAACAAUCAGAGCAGCACUGAUGAAGAGUAUCUUCAUGCUGAAGCUCAAUCUUCGUGAAAAAAACUACCCGUUCGUCUCCAUCGAUACGAGAACUUUUAUUACUUACUACUUCAGUUCACGAAUAUUCAAUCAACAUCCUCGCAAGCAUCAUUGGUGCAAUGGUUAGUGUAUUGGACUAGGAUCACCCGGAGGUUAGAUUUGAAGUUGGAUCUGUGAUCAGUGUGGUUCCUGUCGAAAGAUGACUAACGUCUCCGAAGUGCACCAUAGCUCCAUUCGUGGGGCGGUGAAGACUACAAGACCAAAUCAGGUAAGGCUGAGACAUGGGGCCACACUGUCUUUAGAAAAUAAUCAUGUUCGGGGAUCACCUUCUUCGUGUACUUAUAAAUAGGGUAGCGAUCAUGCAGCUAAAUAUAAAUUUUACUCACCGUUGAAGAUUUCGGCAAUGACUCCUUCCUCAGAAACAACGUCAUGAUGAUGUACUUUUAUUCACCUGGUUGGCAGUGAUCAAAAUUUGAUAAUUUCUACCACAGCUACAAGCUUUACCGAAAUGACGGCGGUGCAACGUCGAUUAGCGACACUGCAGAUACCACGUGCGGUAUGGAGAGAAAGCCCGCGCCGCAGUCAUGUACAGUCACAGGGCUGACAGCGGGUUUGAACUAUCAGAUGCAGAUAACAACAAUCAACGAAGUAGGAGACAGCGAACGCAGUCCGACGUCAAGCGUGUUCGCGGCAACAGUGCCCAUUGCACCUACGAACGUGCAGAUCACUGCGGCGUCCUACAGUCCGCCAAGUUUGACGGUAAUGAUGUUCAAUUAAGAUUUUCGUUUCGUUACAUUUUCAACUUCGGUCUACGUAAGCCUCACCAGACGAAUGUUCCGCUCGUGAGGGCUUUUUCAGCAUCCGUUAGAAAAUCGCUAUUUUUCUGAUAGAAGAUUUUACACGAAUUUGGAAAUUGAUUCUGAUAAUCUUGGAAUUCGUAGGUCACCUGGGAGCCAAGUGCGGAUCAGGGGAGCGCCGUGUUCAACUACGAGAUUGCGAUUUCUCUUGCCAGCGUGAAUCAGCCGCAGACCGUAAGUAUGGGUGGUACGGCAACUGCGCCGUGGACGUUGCUGCACGACCCAGUCCACACGAUCAACGAGGUGGACAUCACGCCGAACUUGGUCGGGAACUCGCAGUACAAGGUGAAAGUCCGCGCUUACAACAGUAUGGGCGCUUCCGCUUACUCCAGCUACACGACAACCGCGAACGGGUACGGUUACGCCGUUUCGAAGCCGAACACUGUCGCUGGCCUGCAGAGACACGAGGACACUGUGGUCACGAACACGAGCAUCAAAAUUCAGUGGAACCAGCUCACGUUCUCGGAACAAGCACGCGGUGGAUCGCAAGCAUCCGAAAUUACGUACAAGGUGUAUGCGGAUCAGGUAGACGGUCUGCAGGGUAACCUUCUGGCCACGGUUGCACCGAGGUUGGACGGCACAGCAGCUACAAACUUUCACGAACAUCUCGGUGUUACGCCAGGAAGCGUUUGGUACGUCAAUUUCCUAGACAGCCGAACUAAAAAAGUAGUCUAGGCAGAAGACACCCAAUGAUGUCCGUAACUGAUUCAUUUGGAUAAUGACCCCACGGUUUCUUGUAAGUGCACGACCAGCAUAUCAAAGAAAUAUAUCCUUACGUAUGAUAAAAAUGCAGGUACUACAAAGUUGAUGCUGGCAAUAGUGGGUACUACGACAGCACGGACGGUGACGUGGUGAGGAUGAAAGCCGCACUACCUCCAGAUCCAGUCAAAUCAGUCACGGCGACCAGUGUGAUUCAGGCCAACGUACUCAUUACUUAUUUUUUUCCACGUUAUAAAUAUCUUCUUAGUUCAUGAACUGCAAAAUCAAAUUCUAAGUCGACUGGAACAUUGAUAAAUAUGAAUAGAGCCUCCACCUGCCUUGUGCACCUUCGCUUACAACCGCAGGUUGUCUUAUCUUGGGUUCCCUCCUAAUACCACAGGUUGUCCUAUCUUGGGUCCCACCCGAGUACGACGGUGGGGACAUCAUUACCGGCUAUUUGGUCCGGUCCAACCAAGGAGCAGGGGUGUAUGUCGCAGUGGACAAUACAGCAACAAGUUACACGUUCACGACAGAGGAUUCAAAUGCCGAUCGCUCCUUUGACGUGCACGCAGUGAACACAGUGCAGAAGAGCGCAGUGCUCACGUUGGUCGUUGGUGUACACGCUUGUUUGGGUGGUUGCAUUGCGCCGUCAAUACUUACAGUCGAGUCAUCGCGAUAAAAGGUGGUAUCUUGAGGUUUAGAGGUAAAAUAUAGACGACUGUUAAUGAAAAGAAGUACUCUCUUACUUACCUACUAUAUACUAGCAUCAGACCACAUCGCGGCUGAGAUGUCAUAUGUAAGUAAAAGGGUAGGCAUGAUAUCUUUUGCCCUUUGUGUGCUCGUUAAUCUGUUUUUCGUGCUGAACAACUCGUUCGUGACAAAAGAAUAGUAAGCUGUUUUUGCUGAAAGACAACAGUAAUAUUUGACAAAUCCCACUUAGAAUCGAGGUCACAUCGUUUAUUGUCUAAGGUCUACAAUAACCAGUAAGAACUAUAGCCAAUUAUAGUCUGUAGAAGUGUUUGCUUUAUGUUCACCGUCGGAUUUCAACUACCGACAUCUAAAGAGAUUUUGAAAUAAGAAUAUCGUAGGGACAAAGGCGAAAUUAUAAUUACCAACAAAUGUGAAGGAAAUGCAACAUCGCGCGGAGCCAAAAAGGCUGUCCUGAACAAAAUUCAAAGUCGAUUUCGAGGGCUAGCCCCUCGUCGCCGCAGCAGGUACAGGGACGAAAAAACGUAGAUUCCCGUGUUAUAUUUUUUUUGGUUUUUAGUGAGAACCACAGCGGACUGCUUUGGGUAGUAAGUUAGACGGCCAUUCAUUUUUUAGUAAUAAGUAACUGCACAAUAUCUUUGUGUAGUUGGUAAAUAAACAUUGUUCUUGCAAAGAUUACACACGUCGAUGCUGCUGUCACGAUAGACCUGCGAACUAUUUUUCAUUUUUCAAAUCUCAAUUCAGUACAUACGUUUGGACAGCUGUAUACGAAUAUUGUUGUGGUGUGAUAAAAGAUGUCGUCCGCCUAUGUAUAUUGCUUUGGUGAAUUACUUAAUUAGAUUUCAUAGAAUUUGAAUUGAAGUGGUUAUUUUGAUCACAGCUUAGAUGUGAUAGUAUUCAUUUUUUUCGUAUAGAGGUAGAGUUCAACAAACAAUCAAUUAAGUAACGGUUCAUCGAAAAUCUAUGGGUUUGAGGGCUAAAAUUCGGGAGGGGUCUGCACGGUACUGUUGGUCUACAAGAGAGUGUGCCUAGCGGCGUGUAGGUUUCACUUUGUGAGAAAUUAAUCUUUUGCCUAAUGAACUGCCGGUGGUUGCUAUCGGGGGUUCCUCUGCCCUCGUCAUUCAUCAUUCAAUCUUACAAAAAGGUGGUUUUUCAUCUUCUGGGAUCUGGAACACUUAUCAACAUCUACUUCGACGAAAUGCGCAUCAAUCUAACACGUUGUAUUCGGUAGAAGUUAUUUCAGGUUUUCGUGGUGCUAUGAACUUUUUACUCUCUGCUUUCCUGCUCAGCGUGAGGUUUCGUCAAUAAAAUUGUUCUUCGAUUUUUGAAUAUCCCAUUUUUUUCUGUCACUCUGAUGAUAGCAAGUGAAAAGAUCAUCUGAUUUGGUUCCGUUCGUAUUGUAUUCAUUAUUUUUAUAGGCUUUCGCCGAUUAAUAUUUUGAUUGAAAUCAAUUACAUGCGUGUUUGCGAUUUGUGGAGAUGCAGGGCUCAUAAGGAAGCAGACAAAGGCUCCUUGGUCGAAGUAAAAGAGACCAGAAGGAGCACACAAUGACUAAAAACCACGCGAGUAGCGCCGGUUAGCAACCUGGAACCCUGGAACAAUCUCUUAAAAGAUGUUCCUUGAUACUUGUGUCUUCUGUGUGACUGGUUAGACGCUCUUGCCUUCCCAUGGCGCGGCAGUAAUCAAAGCGUUAGCAACCAAAGGGAAUCAAACCGUGAUAGCAGAGCAAAAUGACAAUACCAAAAGCGAACUUGCAAUGUGAACUGAGGAAAGUUGUAGGUCUUCGUCUUACUCAGUGAUUAGUGUAGACAAAAAGAAAUAGUAGAUUGUAGCGAAGAAAGGCUCAUCAUCGCAAAAGGCUGCCUUUUCCAUAUAUAAAAAAAUGAGGUAUGAUAGGUUGACAUGGAAAGAAUUAGUCAAAAGCUUCGUUGAAUAAGAACGCCUUUACAACAAGCAAUAGCAAAUACAUGGAAUCAAGAGCUUGAUUAUCUGACGAUCUGCAUGAAGCAACAUGCAGUGGCAGCUAUGACGUGUGGACGUGUUCUGCGAUUUUUUUCUGUUGCUAACGAACUACAUCAAGGUGCGGGCCCUAUGCGGCGCGGAUAGCACAGGAUAAAAAGCGGAACUUCUAACACCGUGCGUGUAUGACCCGAACAGGAGCAUGUACAGAUGAAUUGUACUAAAGCUAAAUCUUGUUAGAAGUAAGCUUUAUCCCUCCAUAUAUUUGCCCGCUUCGUUUCAUGCUCAUGUCACUCCGUCGGAAAUUGAGGUUCGACGCCUCUGAGUUACUAGUAAAGUUGGACCAACAUGUUGAAGUUUGGCAGUUUACAGGGGCUCUUUGUGUUAAGAAGAUUACUAAGAAUGAACUCAGCGUACAUGAUGCAGCGACGCUUGAAGCAAGCUAGAAGAGAUUAU